ACUGCCCACACACUACCAGUGAGGAGACUGUCAACACUCACUACCAGUAGGGAGACUGCGUACAUACUACCAGUAGGGAGACUGCGUACAUACUACCAGUAGGGAGACUGCGUACAUACUACCAGUAGGGAGACUGCGUACAUACUACCAGUAGGAAGACUGCCUACACACUACCAGUAGGAAGACUGCCUACAUACUACCAGUAGGGAGACUGCGUACAUACUACCAGUAGGGAGACUGCGUACAUACUACCAGUAGGAAGACUGCCUACACACUACCAGUAGGGAGACUGCGUACAUACUACCAGUAGGAAGACUGCCUACACACUACCAGUAGGAAGACUGCCUACAUACUACCAGACCUAGAGGAGGAUAUGGAUAUCACAGAUUCACCUGUGAAGGGAGGUAUCUCUAUACUUCACACAGAGGAGGAUGGGAAACACCACUAUGAAGUGGAGAAUAUCCUCAAGUUCAAGAAAGGAGGACAAGGAGGAGGAGCCUUUGCCAGUGAAGGAGACAAGCUCCUGACCAUCAAUGGAGUGGACCUACAGGAUCUAUCCCCAGAGGCCUUCGCCAAGAUUCUGACGGAAGGAAACCCCAUGUUGACUGUCCACCAAGCCAGCAGGGCUCCUCCACCAGGGAGAUGCCCAGAGGAGGGGGCUGAGGCCAGGGCUCUCCACCCGGUCUCCAAGGAGAGCACCAUACUCAGCUUCAGCCUGGAGAUGAGACGAGAGGAUGACCUGGACGACCUGGAGAGUGACUCCUAUCGCCCCAUGGAAGACCUCACAGAAGAGGAUGUCAACACAGCCGAUGGGGAGGUUGACGAUCUGUUCCUGGUUGCCAUGACGAACACCAGAAUCUCUGUGGUGAGGGGGCGUGGCUGCGGUGACGGGAGCUCUUGUCACAACUGUGGCAAGUCGGAUUGUAACUUCAACGAGGUUGUCAUGGUCGCAGAGUCCAGCAAAGUCACCCUGGUGUCACGAGGAAUGGGCAACUUGGAAAAAGUACAGCAGGUGGACAACCUCUUUAUUGAAAACUAUUUAUGUCGCACGUACCUUCGGCGUAGACUCACACAUAAGAUGUGGAGUUUUCCUAGUUUGUCAGCAACUCCAGAGAAGAUCACCAUCUAUCACUACAAGUCUGACUGUGUGGACGGAGAGUUUCGAGGGGUCCCUGUGGUGCUCAACUUCACCAGCUCUAACUGUUUCCUCAAGUGUGUUAAGGACGGAGAGCGAGUCUCUCUCUGUGUUGGGGUGAGCACAUACCCUUCAGCUUUCUGCUGCUCAGACUAAUGUUAACAAGGCCCUGACAAACAAAACUACAAAAGGAGAGUAUCAAGUUGGGUUCUCAUACUAUAUUUAUUGCAGGGCAGCAAGGAGGGAGCUUGUGCAUCAAAACAGUACAACAGACUCUCAAUACUACUUCUCUAAAGAGAGGAUAUUUCUACAGAUACACAAAUAACUCCUCACAAGGUCACAGCAUACCCUGACUAUACCCUGACUAUACCCUGACUAUACCCUGACUAUACCGAACAAUAGGAACACCUUUCUAAUAUUGAGUUGCACCCCCAGUCCCCCCUUUUGCCCUCAAAACAGCCUCAAUUUGUCGGGGCAUGAACUCAACAAGGUGUCAAAUGCAGGGUCAGGUGGUUCAAGGCCCUCUAAUAGACAUUGGGGUCAGGUGGUUCAAGGCCCUCUAAUAGACAUUGGGGUCAGGUGGUUCAAGGCCCUCUAAUAGACAUUGGGGUCAGGAGUUUCAAGGCCCUCUAAUAGACAUUGGGGUCAGGUGGUUCAAGGCCCUCUAAUAGACAUUGGGGUCAGGUGGUUCAAGGCCCUCUAAUAGACAUUGGGGUCAGGAGUUUCAAGGCCCUCUAAUAGACAUUGGGGUCAGGUGGUUCAAGGCCCUCUAAUAGACAUUGGGGUCAGGUGGUUCAAGGCCCUCUAAUAGACAUUGGGGUCAGGUGCUUCAAGGCCCUCUAAUAGACAUUGGGGUCAGGUGGUUCAAGGCCCUCUAAUAGACAUUGGGGUCAGGAGUUUCAAGGCCCUCUAAUAGACAUUGGGGUCAGGAGUUUCAAGGCCCUCUAAUAGACAUUGGGGUCAGGUGCUUCAAGGCCCUCUAAUAGACAUUGGGGUCAGGAGUUUCAAGGCCCUCUAAUAGACAUUGGGGUCAGGUGGUUCAAGGCCCUCUAAUAGACAUUGGGGUCAGGUGGUUCAAGGCCCUCUAAUAGACAUUGGGGUCAGGUGGUUCAAG